AUGGCCCACGCGAGGCUGUUUCUCAGCCUCGGCCUCCUGGCCGGUCUCCUGCCGAUGGUAGCCGCUUGUCCCCCAAAGUGUCACUGCCACGGGGACCUGCAGCAUGUCAUCUGCGACAAGGUGGGGCUGGGGAAGAUCCCCAAGAUGUCAGAGAAGACCAAGCUGCUCAACCUCCAGCGCAACCACUUCCCCGUGCUGGCUAUCAACUCUUUUAAAGACAUGCCGAACCUCGUGUCGCUCCACCUGCAACACUGCCACAUCCGCGAGGUGGUCAAGGGCGCCUUCCACGGCCUCCACCAGCUCAUCUACCUAUACCUGUCCAACAAUGACAUCCGGGUGCUGCGCCCGGGUGCCUUCGAGGACCUGACCGAGCUCACCUACCUCUAUCUGGACAACAACAAGGUGAAUGAGCUGCGACCGGGGCUCCUCUCCCCUCUGGCCAACCUCUUCAUCCUACAGCUCAACAAUAACAAGAUUCGAGAGCUGCAACCCGGCACUUUCCAGGGUGCCAAGGAUCUGCGCUGGCUCUACCUGUCUGAUAAUUCCAUCAGUUCUCUGCACCCCAAUGCCUUAGAUGAUGUGGAGAACCUAGUCAAGUUGCACCUGGAUAAGAACCAUCUCUCCAGCUACCCCUUAGCACCCCUGAGCAAGCUGAGGGUGUUGGAGGAACUCAAACUAUCCCACAACCAUCUGAAGAACAUUCCUUCCAAAGCCUUCCAGUCCUUUGGCAAAUACCUGGAUACCCUCUGGCUGGACCACACCCACCUGGAAAAAUUCUCAGAUGAUGCCUUCCUGGGUGUGACUGCACUGAAGCAUGUCCAUCUGGAGUACAACGGCCUGACUCAGCUGCCCUCCAGCCUCUCUUUUGAUAAGAUGGAGACCUUCAGCUUCAUCAACAACCCCUGGAAGUGUACCUGCCAGCUCCAGGGCCUUCGGCGGUGGCUAGAUUCCAAGAAUGUUCAUUCGGAUGCCACCUGCGACACACCUAUCAAUAUUAAGGGUCAGCACAUCCGUCACACAAAUGCCUUCCGCAGCUGCAAAUCUCCCACCAAGAGGUCCAAGAAAGCCGGACGCCAUUAAACAGGUGAGGGUCAGUCAGGCUGGAAACCUUUCCUCCUCUUUAGAGAUUCCAGUAAAAAG